CAUAAAAAUGGCAAUGUCACGGCUAGGGCCAACCUGCAAAAGUGGAACCAGUCUUUGUAGCUUCGAAAUCCCAAAAUUUUAUAGGUAUAAAAGUUGUGGGUGAGCCAUCCAAAUCAGUACAUAACAUCAGCGCACUUCAGCUAGUUAGCAUCCAAAGCCCAACCACCAAAAAUCAACAAUCAUGAAGUUCUCCACCAUCGCCACGGUCUUCGCCGUCGUCCUCUGUGUGGCCAGCUUUGCCGAAGCAAAGCCAACGUUCAUCACCAAGAAGAUCAUCAAAAAGUACGUCGUGCCCCGAGUCCUGUCCGGCGAAUGGAAGCUCCCCAGUCUGUACAUCCCGUACCCACUGUCUCUGUGGUUGGCAGGUGCCGAGACGGCCAGCCCACCGGUCUACCAGUCCCUCCCAGAGGACGAAGUCCUCAUCGACAACUCCACGCCAGUUGAAAUCCCGAACAGCAAGGAGUUCAACGCCGUUCAACCCGUUCCCCAGCAGCAACAGCAACUGCCCAUCGAGAUGGAGGUUCGCGGACCAGUCUACAUUGCCGAGACGCCCGCCGUCCGGCAUAUCGCUCCGCUGCCCCAGGGAUACACCGAAGAUGUGCACAUCCAGAACGUGCAACCGGCGCCGGGAACGGUAGCCUAAGGUGUUAUGAACAGUUUGUGUUUAAAUCGAGACUGAAGUAGUUGAAGUAUUUUUGUGUAAUAAAGUGGAAAAAGUAUCAUAU